AUGGCGCGUUCAACUGGCAUGCCUUCCUACUACACGCCUGCCGCCUAUUCUGGACCCAAGCUCACGGAGCCACGAAAAAGCCAUGGAACACGCCCAGGCAACCCGUCAGCACGAUUCACAGUACGUCCAUACCGUAUCCCAAUCCUCGUCCUCGUCCCCAUCCUCCUCCUCCUCCCAAAAUAGCAUCGGAAAGACCGCGGUAGCAGUACUUGGGUAGAAUCUGGAUAUUCCGCGGGAUCGUAAGGCUGAAGCACCACCAAAGACCCAAGCUGGGACCCGAAACAAAUUCCAGGUCGUCCGUGCUGAGCGCUGA